AUGGAGAAAAUUUUGUGCUCUUUAGAUGCAAAAUUUGACUUCAUUGUUGUAGCCAUUGAAGAAUCAAAGAAACUGGAGGAGAUGACUAUAAAGCAACUCAUGGGCUCUUUACAAGCACAUGAACAAAAACUUUCUAAGAAGAUGGAAGAAAAGCCCAUUGAGCAAGUACUUCAAACAAAUCUUACACUACAAGAAAAAAGUGAUCCAAAAGAUAAACAAAUUUUCGUGGUCGAGGCCGUGGAAGAAGAGGAAGAGGUGAAAGAUUCCAUCAAGAUCAACCACAAAGAAGUCAAGGAGACACAAGAGACUUCCAUGCCCGAGGUCAUGAUAGAUGCAUCUGGCAGUUUGACAUGGAGGGUCAAAGGAGAGGCUCAAGUGGCAGCAAAGAACGAAUUUAUUACACAAUUGAAGCUGUUGGAAGAUGAGUUGGCAGAGAAUCCCUUCUUUGGAGGUGAAACUUUUGGGUACAUGGAUGUCGUUUUCGUUUCCUUUGCAUCUUGGUUCUAUGCCUAUGAGAAAUCUGCCAAUUUUAGCAUAGAGGAGGAAUGCCCCAGGCUCACGGCUUGGAAGAAGAGGUGCGUGGAAAGAGAGAGUGUCUCAAAGAACAUCCCAGAGCCUGAGAAGAUCUAUGAAUAUUUGUGCUCCAUAAAAAGGAUCUGGAACAUGGAAUAG